AUGAGCGAAUCAUUCCAACGACCAAUUCGGUCACUCGAGGGCCGCGUUGCCAUCGUCUCAGGCGCAGGCGCAGCGGGAGAUGGUAUUGGCAAUGGACGAGCGUGCGCUAUAUUGUUGGCCGAAGCUGGUUGUUCUGUCGUCUGCACUGACAUGAAACUUGAGCUUGCGCAACGGACAGUCGAGUUUAUUGAGAAGGAUGGGAAAGGGAAGGGUUUUGCUGUGAAAGCUAAUGCUACCGUUGCGGACGAUUGCCAGGCGGCCGUGCAGACUGCUGUUAAGGAAUAUGGGCGGUUGGAUAUACUUGUCAACGUAGUCGGCAUUGGCGGCGCCACAGGUACAGCAACCGACGUCGAUAUGAGCGACUGGACCAAGUCGAUGGAAGUCAACGUGUCCAGCAUGGUCCUUAUGGCCAAAUACGCCAUCCCAGCAAUGGAGAAAAACCAAGGACAAUGGCGCGGCUCCAUCGUCAACAUCGCCAGCGUUGCAGGCCUUCGUGGCGGCAACCCUCAUCUCUUCUACCCAACAUCCAAAGGCGCCAUAGUGGGAAUGGUCUAUACGCCGAUGAUGUACGCGCCUGGCAUGACCGAUGAAGCACGAGAGGCGAGAAAAGGCAGGAGCAUGCUCAAGACCGAAGGCACAGGUUGGGAUGUCGCGGCUGCUGUCAGGUUCUUGGCUGGAGAUGAGGCACGAUGGAUGACGGCGGUGAUACUCCCUGUAGACGCCGGCGCAACUGCUGAGGUGGGAAGUAUGCUGCCGAAAGAGGCGAUGACGAACCCGGGUGGGAGGACAGAUGUGCCUUCUUCAUCGUAA